CAUGCACUUACCUUUGGCUUUCAUGCCCUGCGUGCCUUGCCAAUCUUGCCUGCCUCUGCCUUCCGCCGCCUAACUUAUCAUUUCCAUUAUUAUUCUAUCAUUCUCCAAUUUCAGCCCUCGUGCUCUUUUCUACUUCCUCUUCAACAUUUCCACUGAGCUAUUACCGCUAGGUGCGCAAUAGACAUUCAAGUUAAUCUAAUUUGAUUAUUUACUCAACCCGCCCAACGUUUUUUCCGAAGGCGCUAUUGCAAUAGGGGUCUUGCACGCAAAGGCGCAUCCGCAUCACCGAUCAUUCGAACAUCAUGGACGCCGCCGGAGAAGGCCAGGCGCCUUUCUCCCCCACCGUAGUGGAACAACGCAAUCUCCAGGUAGAUAAUGCUAUUCGCGCUAUCAAAGAGAAGAAGCCACUGCCCGAGAUCGACUUCAGUAUUCAUACUAUGGAAGAUGGCACUCAGGUCAACACCAUGGAGCGGGUCUGCAAAGACGUUCAGGCGCCCGCUACAUUUAAGCCUACCGACGAACAGUUCUUCGAGGACGAGUCCCACGCCAAACCCAAUAUUACUUUCUUGAAACAGCACUUCUAUCGAGAGGGCCGAUUGACGGAUGAACAAGCCUUAUGGAUUAUCAAGCAGGGAACAGAUCUUCUACGCGCAGAGCCCAACCUUCUUGAGAUGGACGCCCCUAUAACGGUCUGCGGUGAUGUCCAUGGCCAAUACUACGACCUUAUGAAACUUUUCGAAGUCGGUGGCGACCCUGCCGAGACCAGAUAUCUCUUCCUCGGCGACUAUGUGGACAGAGGCUACUUUAGUAUCGAGUGUGUCCUCUACCUGUGGUCCCUGAAGAUACACUACCCCAAGACUCUCUGGCUGCUACGCGGGAACCACGAGUGUCGCCAUCUGACCGAUUAUUUUACCUUCAAGCUCGAGUGCAAGCACAAGUACUCCGAGGCCAUCUACGAAGCUUGCAUGGAAUCUUUCUGUGCACUCCCGCUCGCUGCUGUCAUGAACAAGCAAUUUCUUUGUAUCCAUGGAGGACUCAGUCCCGAGUUGCACACUCUGGAUGACCUGAGAAAUAUUGAUCGAUUCCGAGAACCGCCAACUCAAGGUCUAAUGUGCGAUAUCCUGUGGGCUGAUCCUCUGGAGGAUUUUGGCCAGGAGAAGACGAGCGAAUACUUCAUGCACAAUCAUGUUCGUGGUUGCUCGUACUUCUUUUCCUAUCCCGCCGCGUGCGCCUUCUUGGAGAAAAACAAUUUACUCUCCAUUAUUCGGGCACACGAAGCACAGGAUGCUGGCUAUCGAAUGUACCGCAAGACGAGGACAACAGGAUUUCCGAGUGUGAUGACCAUCUUCUCUGCACCCAAUUACCUGGAUGUUUAUAACAACAAGGCGGCGGUUCUAAAGUACGAAAACAACGUUAUGAACAUCCGACAGUUCAAUUGCACUCCGCAUCCGUAUUGGCUCCCCAAUUUCAUGGAUGUAUUUACCUGGUCCCUGCCUUUCGUCGGUGAAAAGAUCACCGACAUGCUAAUCGCCAUCUUACAUACCUGCUCCGAGGAGGAACUCAAGGAGGAGACACCCAUGUCGACAUCUCCAGGCCCUCAAUCUCCCCCACUUGGUGGUCCUCUAUCGGAUCCAGAUUCAAUUGAAUAUAAGAGGCGAGCGAUUAAGAACAAGAUCUUGGCAAUUGGGCGACUAUCGCGAGUAUUCCAAGUGCUUCGAGAAGAAGCCGAGAGUGUCACGGAACUCAAAACCGUGUCGGGUGGCCGACUACCUGCAGGAACGCUUAUGCUAGGCGCGGAGGGUAUCAAAGACGCAAUCAACACCUUCGAAGACGCUAGGAAGGUCGACAUCCAAAACGAGAGGCUGCCACCUAGCCACGACGAAGUUAUGAAACACCAGGAAGAGGAACGACAGAGGGCGCUAGAGCAAGCGUCUAGGGAGGCUGACAAUGAUAAGAAGCUGCAGACAUUGUCUAGGAGGCUGAGCACUGAUCGCAAGCGAUGAAGCAACACGAACCCAUCUCAACCUGAUCGUCAAGUAAUCAAGUGAUUAUCAAUUUGACGCUUUCGUUCAUAACAAUUGCGCUAGCUAGUUGUCUUGGCCUAACAGACAAGAACCUACUGCCAUGGUGAAAUUUGGCAAUGGUUCUAGUGAUAUUUGGUGAAGCUUUGGCUGGAUUGCUGUUCAGAUGGCACAAGAUCGAGGAGCAGUAUGGCUCGAGACAGAUGAGUCGAGUAAAAACAGUUCCCGGUAGCCGAUGUGGGAACGAGACGAAGUCAUGCUAUGGAGUUAGGAGAAGGAGUCCUAGUUGACACAAAACGAGU